UUGUAUCAUCCUGAUUUCCGACAAAAUGCCUCAAACAGGUCCUUCCAUGUCCCCAGAACUGGGCAUCCGCCUUGAAGAAAAUCAGCACUCAUAUUCUCCAGGCGACACAAUUAUUGGCUAUGUUUACCGAAAAAGUCCUGUCGUGAGUCCAGACUCAUCAGUUACCAUCUCUCUAUCUGGGAGAGCCAAAUCCAAGAUCGUUAUCCAUCGCGCAAGCACAAACACCACAACUAGUUACCGAGGCCGUUUCAAUCUCAUCCCCGAGUCGGCUUGCUCCCAGAAUAUCUUCCAAGGUCCGCUCCAUAUUGAAAGCGGCGGCGAUGAGCAGACGUGGCCGUUUGCAAUAACGCUGCCGAAGUAUGUUGACCCGAGAUACUUGCAAGGCGGGCGGCAAGACCAGAGCUAUUUGCCUCUCGGCGCGACGGAUCAUAUUCUACCAUCGACCUUUACACUUCGCUCCAUUGGAGAGACUGAGGGUUUUGUCGAGUACUUUAUGAAAGCUACCUUGAGGGCCACGGCAAAAGGCCAUGUUAAUAUGACUGAAGCUGUCCUUCCGUUCGAUGUCAUCAAUCUCAGUCCUGACCCUCCCAUAGCCGACUUCGGUCUUAAAGGUUCACGGAGCCGUCAGACCAUGUCGAGCUAUCGUCUUGUCCCCGGUAUGGAAGAUGUCAAGUUAUCAUUUUCUCAGAAGAUCAAGCAGUCUUUCAGCACUUCAAGUGUACCAGAACUCGUCUGCAAUCUCCUUGUUGACGUCCCAACCGUCAUUCAGCUUGAAAAUCCAACUCCGAUCCCGUUCAAGUUACGUGUCGUUCCAGAUUUAAAUGCGACAAGCGAAAUCAUCAGACAAAUCCCACAAAAGGUCAAAUUGACAUCAGUCUCUAUGCGAAUCGUCAGCAGCACCGAGGUCAUAAGCGAAGGAACUCUAUUUUCCCAGACAAAUGAAAAACGUGAAGAGAAUGACCUGUGCGUUGAGAGUGCCAUGAACAGAAUCCAGGGCGAUAUCUAUAUCCCCUGUACAGAUGAAGGGCCUCCACUCGAUAUUGGAGCCAUACUUGGCUUGCGUCUUGAACAAUUACGACCUGGAUCUCCCCAUCGACCAAGCAGUUUAGUGAAACUAAACCCUACCUUUACCACAUACAACAUUCGCCAUUCGCACAGAUUGACAUGGAAGGUCAUAGGUGAAAUAGCUGGAGAGCGCUUUAGCGCGUUGGGUGCAGUCCCAUUGAAGAUCUUGAUGCCAAGUGACGAGCGAGGGCGGCUGGGUGAUAAGACAUCGGUUCAAAGGACCGAGACUGAAGCUACAUUCGAUGGUGCACCAGGUCCGUCUCAAUUGCAAAGAAACGAGUCGUGGAUUCAGCCUCCAGAUGAAGAUGACGCACCCCCAAGCUUUACUGAAGUAGUCGAAGAAGAUAAGGGAGCCAAGGUAGCAGAGAAGUCCCGUGAAUAGGCGCACAUGCGGUUCGGAGGUUGAUGUAGUGUUAUGUAAUAAUGAAAUGAAUAUUUGCUGGUCUACUACUAGACUCACUUCUUGCUACCCAACCUCAGCUCCCAUUGCUUGUUACUGAAUGUUUCCAUAACUUCUUCCUGCCUGUUGGGUAGAAUUAUAUGGAUAGGGGGCUGCUUACCUUCUUGCAUCCCUUUAGCAUCACUC